UUUUAUUGUUAAGCCCCGUAUUCAUGGUAAACAUUUGUUUAGCAACAGUUGCUAAACAUUGUUGGUGAGCGGCGAGAAUGUUGCUAGCAACUAUGUUUAAAUCAAUACAGGUUGUCCACACGCCAGUCUGCGUUAAAAUGUUGCCCGAGGAGGUAGUGUUGUUGUGUUCUCUGUAUCAGAUGUAUAGAAUCUCUAAUAAAAAAAAGAGAAAAAGAUGGUGGAUUCGAAAUUAUCUUUUGCAAAGAGAAAAUUUGAUGAGUGACCUCAGAAUGACAGAUGGAUCAUUUUGUAACUUUACGAGAAUGUCGAAAAGUGAUUUCGAACAUCUUCUAGAAAUGAUUGGUCCAUCAAUAGCCAAAAGGGAAACAAAUAUUCGUCAGCCAGUUUCACCUCAAACGAGGCUGGCUAUUACAUUACGGUAUCUUGCAACUGGAGAUUCAUACAGUUCUCUUUCAUACACAUUCAGAGUAUCAAAACAAUUGAUUAGCAAAAUUAUACCAGAUGUAUGUCAAGAACUAAUUAACUCACUAGCAGGAUAUGUCAAGGUUCCAAGUUCGGAACAAGAAUGGAAACAAAUAAGUCGUGAAUUCGAAAUACGAUGGAAUUUUCCACAUUGCAUUGGGGCCAUUGAUGGGAAACACGUUAUGAUUGUGGCGCCAAAUAAUUCUGGAAGUGAAUACUACAAUUAUAAAAAUCAGUUCAGCAUGGUACUUAUGGCAAUUGCAGAUGGCAAUUACAACUUUAUUUACGCAAAUUAUGGAGCUAAGGGUCGGUCGUCCGACAGUGGAAUAUUUCAAGAAACACCGUUUUAUAAUGCAUUGUUAGAAAACUCACUUAAACUGCCACGGCCUGAACCAAUAACACAAGGCGGAACAGAAAUGCCGUAUGUAAUUGUAGGUGACAGUGCUUUCGCGCUAACGGAGAACAUCAUGAAACCAUAUCCUGGCAUUCAUGAACGUGGGAACAAAAAGCGUAUAUUCAAUUACAGACUAUCGAGAGCUAGGAGGAUUAUAGAAAAUGUUUUUGGCAUUUUAUGUGUGGUGUUCCGUGUAUUCACUAAACCUAUUCCGUUAAAACCAGCCAAUUGUGAACUCGUGGUAAUUGCUUGUGUAUAUUUACAUAACUUCUUAAGACGUAACUCAGUUUCCAGAUCCAUAUAUACACCUCCACAAACUUUUGAUUUUGAAGACUCUGAAGGUAACCUAUUAGAAGGUUCUUGGCGAAGGGAACUAAGUUCGUUUCCUAUGAUUGAUUUGCAAAGACGGGGCAGGCCUGCAUCACAAUCAGCUCUUUGUAUUAGAGAACAGUUUGCCGAUUACUUUAUAACUCCAGAGGGAAGAGUUCCAUGGCAAAAUAAUGUAGCGUAAUUGUAAUAAUUUUACAGACAAUAGUAUAAAACAAUUAUAUACAAAAACAA